AUGAGUAAGACCCAGCUGCCGUACUGGACAUCCCAGUUGAGAUUAGCAUAUAGAAACUCGUCACGACAACGAAGAUUCACUUACAAGCAAAACGUGGUCAGACUCGAGCGAGAACGAGCUGAUGAGCUCUACAACGUGGAAAAUGAGCCCGCGCAGCAUAAGACGAUGAUAUUGCCCGCCAGGCUUGAUAGCAUGCCAGUUGCACACUUGCAAGCUGUUUUGUGGGAAGAUAUCGUUCAAAAACAACCUGUGGAACUGCAAUUUGAACUGCCCCACGCCCAUCAUUUACAAGGUCAAGCCAUUAACAACUGGGCAUCCAUAAGAAGUUUCUUCAAAAAUCGAAUUGCAUCAGUUUACUCUAAGCCAGAAGCUGAAGGAAUUUAUUUGAAGGAUGACAUGAAGUGGGAUCGGAUUUUAAAAAUUACAACCUCUCAAGGCGCACAUAUCGAGGUUCUGUGGCCGCCUUUGGAGUCUUCCCUAGCGUGCAGGGCCAUUGGCGUCUUUGAUAGUGAAAUGUACGAUAAAUUCAAACAUCAUACUGUUGCUCACCCAGUGACGGGCGAAAAUUUGCGAAUUUUGAAGAUCCCAACUGCUUCUGGUGUCAAUACGAAUUUCGUGGCAUUGGCCCCACAACUCGAUCGGUCCAAGUGUGAACCAGUCGCACACCUACUCGGUGCGGCAGCUGUGAUUCCAUCACGUCGUUGUAGCUCCGUGGAGAUCGAGAAAGUCAAAAAAUUAUGUGUGAAUGAGGAUCAUGUUGAAAUGAGCAAGAAAACUCGCCAUAUUUCGUUCAUACCCGCCGAGGGCUUUGAGAGUGAUUUGAAAAGCACGUCGAGAAUAUUCAGAGCUCUCGAAACGGGCUCCUUUUUCAUAUCAGAAUCUAUGAAGAGAAGCAUGUGUUCAGCCGAUAUUCUGCGGGCGACGAUUCUUUCAAACAGUAUUACGGAAAAACAGCUCAAAGCAGAGUACUGCAAGAUUUCUGUUCUCUACAGCAUCUUCGAAAAUUUUCGAAGGAUUCAAAGGCGACUGCGGAACGAUGAAGUCGGUUCGAAAUCGCUACCUUUGAUGCCUUGGGACGUCAAUAUUCUGAAAGACUUGCACGAAUUAAACGAAAGUUAUCUUGACAAGGAUGUUAAUGAGCUUGUAAAGGGGAAAGGUCGCUUCGACAAUUUUCUAUCUCGUCUCAAUACCUACAAUGUUAUCCUCAACGCAGAAUUGCGAAGCGCAGCCAAGGGCACCUCAAAGAUUAGUGUCGAACGCCAGUAUCUCAUGACUCAGGUUUUGGGUACCCUCUUGUCGAAAUGUUGUGUUAUAAAGGACAUCUACCCCAAUCUGUUUUUUGAAAUUGGGCGAUUUACGAACCAUUUGGACGCUGUAACUUCCAUCAGCCAGGAUGCGGACGCUUCUGAAACGGGAAAACGAAUCGUAGAGACGAUUCAGGCCAUCCUAGACUUCGAAACGAAAAUCCUGGGACCGGACGGUACAUCACGAGGCCAUAAACUGGUUUUGCUAGUCCCACAAACUCUACCGCCCGAUAUUGCGCGCUUGUACCAAUUCAGCACAAGACUUGAACUUCAGAUAACAACUUCAUUGGAUGCUGUUCGGAAAGUGCGUAAUACAGAAUGCAUUUUGAAGAAGAGUAUUGAUUACGACACGAACAUUUACUUGUAUGAAAAGAAGCGGGUAGACCUCAACGUCAACGAGCUACUCGAAAGUCUGGCAAAGGAUGCCGGAUCGUCAUGA